AUGGGAAAGAGGAACGGUGGUUUAAAACGCACCAGCACAUCUGAUUCUAUAGAUUUUACUGACUCGGACUAUUUAUCUCCGGCAGAGAGAAGAGCGUCUAUCUAUAGCCUAAGCGACAGCAAGUCCAGAAGAAAGUCUGGGUCUGUCUCACGUUCUUCAAUUUCUAAGAGAAAUAAGGAGGGCGAUAAGAAGAAAAAAGAGAGCAAUAAGCUAAAGAAAAAUAGAGGAAAGAAAAUUAAACUGUUUUUGAAAAAAUGUGUCUUUUUCCCCUAUUUACUUGCAAAAAGAAUUCUCAAAUCAAAGAAGAAAAAGGUAAAGAUAGAAGAAACCGAGGAAUACUCAUCGGACCUAAAUGAAAAAAGAGUAACCUUUUCAGACCAGGUGACUGUGCAUACAUAUGUUUCAAAAGAAAACCUCGACCAUAAAAUCACUUUAAGCAGCAUAACAAAGUCUCUUCCGCCAGUGAAUCUAGCAAUGGCAAACAAGAUAAAGGGCACCUCCAGAGAAACCCCGCUUGUAAGCAAGUUGCUAGAAAAUCUGGAUAAAAAGGUGGAAACACUAGAUGCACUAAGGGCGAUUCUAGCACCGAAGAAGAAAAAACACGAAAAGCGAUCAAAAAAUAAAAUUAUAAAUAUACUAGGUGGAUACGCCUCCACAGAUAUCUCUGAAAGCAGUGCUGAGUAUGCAAGCAGGCCCUCAUCCAAAAAACCAAAAGAAUCUUAUUCCAGCAAACCACAGAGGAGACAAAAAAGCCAUAGAAAAUCAAAGAAGCAAGAAGAAAUAGAAUCCUCUGAGGAUAAUAUUUCAUCUGCUGCUACAAAAGCAUAUGACACCAUUAAGAGAAGAGGGGCUGGGACUUCUUCUACCCCGAUAUAAUCCGAAAUUCCAGCAUUUCAUCAUAUGCCGUUGUAUGGUAUAUUUAGAUGCUCUCUGCUGUGUUUAAUUAACAGCCAAUUAUAUGCUAGUUAUCAGAAGGCUUACUGGUUUCAAUUUAUAUCUGCUCAAACUUUUAUUACCAUUAGUUCUAAUAUGCAAUAAUAUUUAUUUAAUUUUUAACUGGCUACGUAAUAAAGCCUGUUUAUAUCUAUGCUAUAUAAGGCCUAGGGUGGUUAUAUGUUGUUUUUGCAGUGACUACUUAUUAAAUCCCUGUGCUCAAGUAGAUUUUGAUUCUUAGUUGUGGCAAGAGUAGAAUAUUCCUAUACGGGUUUGGUAUUUAUUUUUAGCACUAUAAAAUGCAGGAAAAUAUUAUGUGUGCGCUUAUAUAGAGUAAGCUAUACUACUAUGGUGUUUAAUAGUGGUUUCUAUUAGAAAGCAAUGUUAUUUUCAAAAAGCACUCUUACAUAUAAAUUCCUCAAACUUGUACUAACAAAUGGCAGGUCCAAACGAGCAAUGGCAACAAUAUCACUUUUCUUAUAUUUUAACUAACUAGAUGAAGAAAUUAUUAUAUGUUUUCUUUUUAACAAUACGCC